AUGCCAAGCCACAAUAGCCACAUCCCGUUAUGCCAAGCCACACAUAACCACACUCCGUUAUGCCAAGCCACACAUAACCACACUCCGUUAUGCCAAGCCACACAUAACCACACUCCGUUAUGCCAAGCCACACAUAACCACACUCCGUUAUGCCAAGCCACACAUAACCACACUCCGUUAUGCCAAGCCACACAUAACCACAUCCCGUUAUGCCAAGCCACACAUAACCACACUCCGUUAUGCCAAGCCACACAUAACCACACUCCGUUAUGCCAAGCCACACAUAACCACAUCCCGUUAUGCCAAGCCACACAUAACCACACUCCGUUGUGCCAAGCCACACAUAACCACACUCCGUUGUGCCAAGUCACACAUAACCACACUCCGUUAUGCCAAGCUACACAUAACCACACUCUGUUAUGCCAAGCCACACAUAACCACACUCCGUUAUGCCAAGCCCCAAUAGCCACACUCCGUUAUGCCAAGCCUCGCAUAACCACACUCCGUUAUGCCAAGCCAUACAUAACCACAUUCCGUUAUGCCAAACCACACAUAACCACACUCCGUUAUGCCAAGCCACACAUAACCACAUCCCGUUAUGCCAAGCCACACAUAACCACACUCCGUUAUGCCAAGCCACACAUAACCACAUCCCGUUAUGCCAAGCCACACAUAACCACACUCCGUUGCGCCAAACCACACAUAACCACACUCCGUUGUGCCAAGUCACACAUAACCACACUCUGUUAUGCCAAGCUACACAUAACCACUCUCUGUUAUGCCAAGCCACACAUAACCACACUCCGUUAUGCCAAGCAACAAUAG